AUGGUAUACAGUGGAACAAAAAGUUUUUUUAAGAGAUUAGUGUUUGGGUGUAGAUCAAGUCCCAAAAUUUUUGAUACACUAUCCAGGGCUGUUCGCUGGAUAGCUAGAAAUAACUAUGGUAUUGUAAAUAUUUUACAUUUGUUAGAUGAUUUUUUAAUUAUUGUACCUAGAGCAGAUAAUGGUCAGCUAAUAAUGAGCAAUGUGUUAAAAAUGUUUUUGGGUAUACCUUUGUCAAAAAAGAAAACUGAAGGUCCUUGUGUCAUUUUAGAAUAUUUGGGUAUUUUUCUUGAUACUAUAAAGAUGGAGGCACGUUUGCCUAAAGAGAAAAUUACAAGAAUUCAAGAAAUUAUUGAAUCUUUUUCUAAACGUAAUACAUGUACCAAAAGAGAACUUUUAAGUCUGCUAGGACACUUAAAUUUUGCAAGCAGAGUUAUUUUACCAGGCAGAUCAUUUGUGUCUCACUUGAUUAAGCUUUCAACAACUGUUCAAAAAUUGUCACAUCAUGUACAUAUUAAGAAUUACAAAUCUGAUUUGGCAAUGUGGUCUCAAUUUCUUAAAAACUGGAAUGGAAUAUCUUUUUUUAUUAAUGAUGACAUUAUUAAAGCUGCAGACAUUCAACUUUACACAGAUGCAACACCCACAUCGUUCGGGGGAUUCUAUCAGGGAAGUUGGUUUCAAGGCGAAUUUACACCAGAACUUUUACAUGAGCAAACGUCUAUGGCCUUCUUUGAACUGUACCCUAUAGUGAUGGCCUGUGCUCUAUGGGGUCACAAUUGGAGAAGAAAACGAAUAUUGUUUUACUGUGACAAUUUAAGUACUGUAGAGAUUAUCUCCAAAGGAAGAUCAAAAAUCCAGAGUAUAAUGAAACUUGUGAGGAAACUAACUUAUCUCUCUGCUCUAUAUAACUUUGUCAUUCAUGCAAAACAUAUUGCUGGUGUCGAAAACACUGUAGCAGACUCUAUUUCUCGUUAUCAGAUGAGGAAGUUUCGAUCACUACAACCACUGGCAGAUCAAGAACCAACACCUUGCCUGAAGCCAUCCCAGUUAAUGAUGAGUUGA